CUUUCAAAAAGCUUUUAACAACAAACUCUAUCUGACACUACAUGAUCCCUGCAUUGCAAUAUGACAAUUAUAUUCUUAGUAAAACAAAGUCUUCUAUUUUGGAUCGCUUUCAGUAAGAAGACGGUAGACAUAUACUAGAAGAAUUCAUUGACCGGUUCAAUGAUAACACUUGUAAUAAUUCAAUUGUAUAGUCCCCCUUCAACAACAGAGAAGAAAGACUUGAUAGAACAUGCAACUCAAGCUUCCACGCUGCCAGAGUGGGAAGGUCAUGCCAGGAGAUGGCUCAGAAUGGCUGUUGCUUCAGGAGGGGGGAAAAGUGCACAUUGAAGUGGCUGAAUCAUUGUUGGCUUCUAUUUCAGAAAUAAUAGAAGCGGUGGUGUGCAUAGGUAUAGAACAGGAUGCUUUCAUGCAUUUUGGAUCCUAUCUUUAUCGGGCUUCUGCUGUCAUAAUGGAGUUAAAAAUGGAUAGCAAUAAUCCAACAAACACAAUAGAGAUACUGAAGUCUCUAUCUAGAAGAAUUGAUUUGGCCAAAGACCUCACUAACAAAUGCCAACAAUUGGCACAAAAAUUUCACAGUGCAGGCGUAAGUACUAUUGUGGAAGAGCUAGAACAUGUCAUUCAAAGUAUGGGGGAAGACCUUAGUUUGAUACCACAAUCAACAAAAGGAGAAAGAAACUAUACAGAAAUUGCUACUAGUUCUCUUUCUAAAGAAAUGAAAAAUGCUAAAUUUGUAGUUACUGGAAAUCAAGGUUCAAAGCAUGGAGAGCUUGACAGACGAGAACAGCUGGCUUUGGAGGAUAUGUCGAAUAAGGAGUCAAUAGAAAGUGAAAAAGAUCUGUAUUCUAUUGAUAUUGAAGAUUCCAUGAGUACAUCCAAUCUCUCUGUGAACAAUAGCAUUGGAACAACAAAUAGCAGAAAUCUCACAAACUGCGACAGCUGGAGUGGUGUAUCUUUGGUACGCUUGCCAGACAUGGCUCAGUACCUGGAGCCUCUGUAUGAAACUUUCUUUUGCCCUCUGACAAACAAGAUCAUGGAUGAUCCAGUAACCAUAGAAAGCGGAGUUACAUAUGAAAGGAAAGCUAUAAGUGAGUGGUUUAGUAAGUUUGAGAUCCCUGAGGAAAUUUCCUGCCCAAAGUCGGGGCAGAGGCUGCGAAGCAAAACUUUGAACCCUAAUGUUGCCUUGAAAGGAACCAUAGAUGAAUGGAAGGAAAGAAAUGACGCAGCAAGGAUGAAGGUUGCUCGGGCAGCUUUGUCAUUGGCAAGCAGUGAGAACAUGAUACUUGAAGCACUAGAUGAUCUGCAUGCUAUGUGCCAAAGCAAUCAGUACAAGAGCGUGCAAAUUCGGAGUAUAGGGAUCAUUCCAUUGCUUGCCAACUUUUUGGAUUAUAAAAGUAGAGAUGUAAGAUGUGCAACCAUACAGCUAUUGAAUCAACUAGCCAAGGUUGAUGAUGAUGGCAAGGAAACUGUUUCCAAGGUGGUUGAUAUUUCAAAGCUAAUAAAGAUGCUUUCAAGUAAUAACCAGCCUAUUAGGCAUACAUCCGCCACACUUUUGCUUGAGCUUUCCAAAUGCCAGUUUUUCUGUAUCAAAAUUGCCAAGAUUUCUGGAGGCAUCCUGAUGUUGAUAACAACAACGUACAGGCAAUCCACAGAUGAAUACACUUCAGUAACAGCUCAAGAAAUCUUAAAGAAUCUGGAAAAAUCACCAGAUAACAUUAAACUCAUGGCAGAAAACGGGUACUGGGGACCACUGUUAAACCAUCUUACAGAAGGUAGUGUAGAGAUGAAAAUAGAGAUGGCAUGCUACCUUGGUGAAAAUUGUCCUGGUCCAGACAGCAAAGUUUAUAUCACUGAGACGGCUUCUUCAGCUUUGAUCAACAUGGUACGCGGUGGCAGUUCUCUCAGCAGAAGUGCAGCCUUUAAAGCCUUGAGACAAAUUACUUGCUACCAACCUGAUCAUGCAAUACUUUUGGAGGCAGGGAUUGUGCAAAUCAUGGUUGAAGAGAUGUUUGCAAGAACAAUUCAUGAUGAACCAGUAAACUCAAAGAAUGAGGCUGCGGCAAUACUUGCAAAUAUAUUUGAGUCCGGAGUAGAGCUGGAGAAUCUCCAAGUAAAUGUCCAUGGCCACACAAUGGCUUCAGAUUACAUUAUCCAUAACAUCAUCUUGUGGAUAAAAAACUCGACUCCAGAAGAUUUCAGCAUCAAUCUCAUCAGGAUCCUGUUAUGCCUCUUGAAGUUCCCCAAAGCAUCUGCUACCAUUGUUUCUGUGGUCAAAGGAACGGAAGCUAGUUACAAUCUGACUGAGCUUAUAAACAACCCGAAUGAAGAACUUGGGAUUGUAUCAAUCAAACUGCUCAUGAUCCUCGCAUCAUUUAUGGGGCACACUCUAUCAGACAGACUAUGCAAAACCAAGGGCCAACCAGAGAGCUUAAUAGCAAAUCCAACCGAAGUUGGUCUUAUCACUGAGAAGCAUGCGGUAUCAGCAAAUUUCCUAGCUAAGCUUCCCCAUCAAAACAUAACACUCAACCUAGCUUUGCUCAAUAAAAACGCAGUCCCAAAAAUCAUUGAAAGCAUCACUUGGAUACAAAGGACAGGCACAAGGGCAAGCAGAUAUGCAAGCACUUAUCUUGAAGGCCUUGUGGGCACGCUUGUGAGAUUUACAACUACAUUGUAUGAUUAUCGAGUACUAUCUUUAGUGAGAGACUACAACUUCACAUCACUCUUUACUGAACUGAUCAUGAAGACAUCCAGCGAUGAAGUUCAGAAGUUGUCAGCUUUUGGGCUCAAGAAUCUGUCGGAGCAAUCAGUCAUUCUUUCAAAACCACCCAAGAUCAAGAAAAACAGGUACAGGAAAGCUUUCAUGUUGAUCAAGUUUUUCUCAUGCAGCUCAUUUAAGGACGAAAGGAUCCCGCUUUGCCCAGUUCAUAGAGGAGCUUGUUCUUCACAAGACACCUUUUGCCUGAUUGAUGCUAAUGCAAUUGACAGACUCUUGUCCUGCUUAGACCAUGACAAUGUGGAGGUGGUUCAGGCUGCCGUUUUAGCACUAUGUACACUGUUGGAUGACAAGGUUGAUGUGGACAAGAGUGUGAAAAUCUUAUCUGAUAUGCAUGCCAUCAAGCAUGUCCUAAAUAUUGUGAAGGAGCACAAAGAAGAAGGCCUAUUGCAAAAAUCAUUUUGGAUGAUAGAUAGGUUCCUCUUGAAAGGUGGGAUUGAAACAAUUUCUGAUAUAUCGGAGGACAGAUUGUUUCCUACAACACUAAUCAGUGCAUUCCACCAUGGGGAUGACCGCACAAGGGAAAUGGCUGAGAAAAUCUUGAGGCAUUUCAAUAAAAUGCCUACUAUUUCCGCCAAUUUUACCAUGUAAAAAUUUCUUAUUAGCUCAAAUGUCUUAAAUAAUUCAUGUUGACACAAAAAUGUGAAUUUGUUUCCUUCAGCAUGCUAAGUUACGAAAAUUAUGCAUGCCUUUUAGGAAUAA